AUGACCAAUGGUGAAGGCGUCCUCGUACCAGAACCAGAAAAUCAAUGGAAUGAUAAUGAUAAGAAAUUGUGGUCUCACGAUUGGAAAGCACAAAACAUUCUCAUAUCUGCACUCGGUGUUGAUGAAUUUUAUCGUGUUUCCCAUUGUGAAUCUGCCAAGGCUAUGUGGGACGUGUUAGAAGUUACCCAUGUGGGAACAAACAAAGUCAAACAAGCUAAGAUCAAGAAAUUGAAUCAAGAGUUUAAACUCUUUCAUAUGAAGCAUGGUGAAACCAUUUCCGAAAUACAAAAGAGGUUUACACAUCUUAUUAACCGAUUGAAUUCUCUAUGUAAACCUAUUUCCAAUGAUAUUAUCACUAAUAAGGUUUUGAGAUCUCUUAAUAUAUAA